CCAUGAACUUUUACUUUUCUCACUUAGCCCCAAUUAAAAUUGGGUUAUGACAGUGGUUAUAGAUGGCCCCAAAACGGCGUGGGCGCCCGAGGGGUGGCCGUAAGGAUCAGGGCACUCCUUCGAUCCCAGGUGCUAGUCCUUCUGCCCAAGCUGCUCCGCAGGAGGGAGGGACGAGUAAUCCUCAGAUAGCCACUUUUGUUCAGGAACUUAUGGUAGAGAUAAGACGCCAAGCAUCUCUUGCCACAACUGUGCCACCUCCAGCCCCAGUGGUUUCCACUCCUACGACCCCUGCUCCAAUUUCCCCUGUUCCUAUUUCUUCUGCUCCUGCAGUGUCUAGCUGGAAGGUCUAUACAGAAUUCCAGAAGGUGGUGUGUCACGCCUCAAAACCCGAAUUCGAGGCGCGACAAACGCCGUGCACUCGUAACGGGUCCUACGAAUGCACCAGGCUCGGAACUUACUGAGUUCUUAAUUUCCAAUUCAAUUAAUUCAAAUCUAAAACUCAAGUAAAAUCUAACUUUCCAU